UUUUGGCGGGUAAAAGGGCGCCCAAUGGCUGGUCUCGUGUCUGAUAGGAGAGCUCUUUUCCAGAGAGGAGAUAUUCUAGGACAUGGAUUUCUACAGAGGUUCAAGUGCACCUCGGAAGACAGCGUUUUCUUUUACGGAAGAGAAGGAGAGUUGGUGCCUCCAUUUGCUUGUAAAUUUAGUCCCUCUGGUCUUCAUGGUAACCUGCUGGUCACUGCCGAUGAAGAUGGAUCUAUUAAACUCUUGAACUCACAAAAGCCAGCACAGCAUUCUCUAAUUAAAGAAUGGAAGGGACAUAAAAAUGCAAUUUUCGAUUUUGCAUUUUCUGGUAGCACUCACCUGGUAACAGGAUCUGGUGAUUCUAAACUGGUUCAGUGGGACGUCAAUGGCUGUACGGCUUUAAGGAGGUUUAAAGGUCACACUGGAAGUGUCAAAUCAGUUGAUAUCGACGAAUCAAAUCCAUGUGUGGUAGUUUCGGGUGGUAGAGGAGGAAAUAUUUUAAUUUGGGACACUCGUUGCUCUAGCAGUAAAGAUGGUUUCACUGUUCCUAUUAGUAAAGUACCAAAUGCUCACUUAGACAAUUCAGAAAUUAAACUAUCAAAUUCUUCAAGCAGAAGGAAAUCCAUUGUAAGCAUGAAACAGGUUGCUGUGACAUCUGUUCUGUUUCAUCGUGAUCAUUAUGUAGCAUCUUCAGGUGCUGCUGACAG